AUGGCACCCUCUGCAGCUCAACUAGGUGUCCUCCCUGGUGUUCAACCAAGCACUAAACCCAUCGACGCGAUGGCUGCUAUGGCCCACGGAGGCAAAGCACUUCCCGGGAUCCCCGAAUUCGCUUCAAUUACCAAGAAGCGACAGUGGCAGCUUGAACACAUGGCGGGCUCGUUCAGAGUCUUUGCGCGCGAGGGCUAUGCGGAAGGCAUAUCAGGGCACAUCAGCGUGCGAGACCCCGAGUUCGAAGAUCGAUUCUGGAUCAACCCGCUAGGAGUCCACUUUGGGAUGCUGAAGGCAAGCGACAUGAUAUGUGUGGGGUUGGAUGGCGAUGUUAUGGACGGAAACAUGGGUGGGUCUAUCAAUGCUGCUGGCUUCCAGAUCCACAGUGCGGUGCAUCGUUCUCGCAAAGACGUGCACGCUAUAUGCCAUACACAUUCCCUGUAUGGCAGGGCCUGGUCUGCCUUUGCAAAGCCGCUCGAUAUGAUCAAUCAGGAUGUUUGCUACUUUUAUAAGGCUCACUCCGUGUACUCGGAUUAUGGGGGCAUUGCAAACGAGUCAUCAGAAGGAGAGAAGAUUUCCGAGAGCCUGGGUAAUGGCAAGGCAGCCAUCUUAAUGAACCAUGGACUUCUUACUGUAGGAGAGACGGUCGAUGAGGCAGCCUAUCUUUUCUGUCUGAUGGAAAGGAGUUGCAAGAUCCAGUUGCUAACCCAUCGGGUGGAGUUGGAGAAGAAUAUUGUGAGCGACGAAGAGGCUGCCUAUAACUUCAAGAUGGCGAGCACUCCUGAGACGCUGUUCACUGAAUUUCAGCCUCACUAUCAGUACGAGGAUUAUAUGUGCAAUGGCAAUUUCAAGUAUUAG